AUGAACUACUCCAACAACAACAACAGCCAUGACCACGACAACAGUAGUAGUGGUAGUGGUAGUCCACAACGACACGAGCCACUAGAGCUCAAGGUAUUUCAGGCAUCUCCCUUGGCGUACGGUAACAUUCCCAUUCCGUUUAUUGAUUUGGACGAAGAAGAAGAUUUGAUUCGCGAUGCGGUGGUCAUGCAAGGCAGUGGCAGUACUUCUACUAAUAGCAGCAAUGCCAAUAGUAAUAAAGUCCGAGUGAGUUUUGAAAUCGCGACAGCCCAUGGUCUAUCGACGUUUCUGGCACAAGGCACUCCAUUUCUGCAUCUUUCGUGUCACGGUGGUCCUCGGCAACUCUUUAUUGAAGACGGCUUUGGUGGAUGUCACAUUUUGGUCGUGGGCGAACACUUACAGAGUUGGAUUACAGCGGGCAAUCAUCAAUUGCAAUUUGUGUUUGUAUCGGCGUGUCAUUCCCGAUCGGCAGGAGAAGCAUUUUUGCAUGCCGGAGUCCCCUAUGUGAUUUGCUGCGAACAAGAUGGAUUCCAAUUGCUCGAUCAAGCCGCCCGCGUAUUUGCCCGACACUUUUAUGCCGCACUGGCGUUGCCACAUACCCAAGUGCCAUUGGCCUUUGAAAUUGCCAGGAGUGCCGUCAUUCAAGCACCCGAAAUGAAACGUGUCGCGGGGAUUGAUCCACAAGUGGAAGCUAGAAAGUUUGUACUUUUACAACAGCAACAACAGCAGCAACAGCAGCAACCAUCACAAUCACAACCACCUCAACAACCGCAACCAUCACAACCUCAACAACCACAGCAAGAAACAACUCCACAAGAACACGCCCACACAUUUCGACAGCAAUUCAUGGAAAAGUCACUCUCCAUGCACAACAUCACCCCACCUAAAAAGUCCACACUCAAAAAAUCCCAAUCCAUGCAGAUUCUUCCCAUUCCUCCCAAACCAUUUCUCGAGAGAGAACUGGUCAUGCAUCGCAUCUUGAAAGCGUUCUUUGUCGAUCGACGACAAGUUCGAUUGGUGCGCAUUCACGGUCCCAAAGGAAGUGGCAAAGUGUCACUCGCCAAAGCCAUUGCGCAGUACGUCAAGAAACGGGCCAUGUGGGGACAAAUAUUGUGGUUGCCACCGUUGCAUCGUGAUUUGGAGUUUGUAUCUCCCAAUUCCAUGUUUCAUGCCAUUCUAGAAGAUUAUCGACAACACGAAAAGGCCAUUCUCAUUGUCGAUACACAAAAAUUUUCACACGAAUCCAUUCACGCACUCAAUGAAUUUCUCGAUCGGGCGUUUGAACAGACCAAAUAUUUAAAAGUCAUUGUCAUUGAAGAUACUACUGGUACCAACAAUGCCAAAAUACAAUCCACACGACAUGCCACGGGAUUUGAAUGUUACCAAGAUACGGUCGAAUUGGCGCCACUCAGUUUUGAUGCUGCCGCCUUUUUGUUUUGUCAUGCGUGUGGACACAAAGGAUCUGGUUAUGGCGCCAUGAAGAAAUUACUAAGGUUGCGAGACGAUCCCAUUGCGUGGACUGUGUUGGGCGAAGGCAAUCCGGCCAAAAUUGUGAUUUUGGCAAAGGAAAUUACCCAACCCGAAUUUCAAACACUGAUUCACGGAAAAGGAACGACUCUGGCAUUGGACGAUUUUACAACGAGUCUAUCCAGAGUCCGUCAAAUCAUGGCGGCCGACGAGGCACCCAAACAGCAACAACAACAACCACCACACUAUGAUUCCCGACAAGUCGAUUUGAAAAAACUCGUCGUCAAGGAUUUGAUCAAAGGUCCCAAACCGAUUCCGUUGCGAACGCAAGAAGAAAUCAUUCAUCGAUUCUUGCCCAUUUUUCAUCUCGAGAAACGCGUGCAUCGCAAAAAAGUUCCUAGUUUUAUUCGCAAGGCAUCCAAAGGAGAACACGUGGUGACUAUCAUUAAUGGAGUGGUUGCUACGGAAAAAACGGUCGAGGAUGAUUCCAGUUGGAUAGUCUGUGGACAAGUUGCCAAUGAAUACUAUCCCUUGACGGAUGAAAAGUUUCGUGCCAUUUAUGAUACCGAACACCCCGAGCCCAUUUCACACACCAACCCGCAACAUUUGUUUCUGCGGGAGAACGGAUUCCAACAAUAUCGAUCCAAACGAAAAGUAUAUGCCCACGAGGUAGAUGAGAGUGACAUGCAUUUCUUUCGACAAGACUCGACACCCACCACCACUACCACCAAAGAGGCAUACUUUAUGGCUCCCUGGGGAUCUCCCAAUCGAAUCGAGUUGGGAGACUACCUCGUGUUACAGUAUCCCGAUGGAAAGGAUGACAUUUAUCGCAUUGAACGAACACUCUUUAAAGGAUCCUAUGCGGACGUGCGACGAACCAGCAUGCAACAACAAGCCGACAAUCUACGGGAACGCACCACCGUGCUGGAACACCGCAUGGCCGAAUACUUGGAACAGAAUCCUGGAUUUGCGCCUCUGGAAGGGGAUAUUCGCAAUCAUCUCCAGGCACUCAUGGCGGCUCUGAAUCAACGGCAAAAUACUGCAUCGUCGUCGUCUUUGUCGUUGUCGUCGCCGUGA